CCGAGUCUUGCAUCAAAUCGCCAUUGGGUUUGAUCUUGAAUUUUGAAAAAAAAGAAACUAUAGCAAGUCCACAACGGUAAAGUUUGGUUUAACUAACUGGAAAUAUAAUGUGUUUGUCGGAAGAAUUCUGGGGUUCUGACAUAGCCAAUUCUUGUUUAUGGGCAGAGAUAAGUGAAGAGAUCUUGUAUCAUUUACACAAGCACGCCCAUUUGCAGAACAAAAAAUGAAGGGAAUGGACAGGAGAAACAGAGAAGAGGGCUUUACAAAUUAUAUUCAUGGAGGAUAGAGGCGCUUUCUCCACUGUGACUCCGAACUCAACAUAUAUGUGGCCCUCAAGAUAACAAGGAGCAAAGAUAGAUUAUAGAGAAAUAAUCUUGAUCGUGAGAUUAGAACCCUGAAAGUAUAGCACGGGCUGAUCCAGAGGACAAGGAAUGUGUGGUUAAAUUGCUCGAUGAUUUUACACACAGUUUGUUUUGGGUAAUAGUGUUCGAGUCCCAGAAAAGUUUGAAGAUGAAGAUGGAUGGAGAUUUGGAUUCAGUUGGUAGCAAUAAAGAUAAUUCACCUAAGGGGAGGCCUCCUGAAACUUACAGUUGUAGAUUUUGUAACAGGAAAUUUUCUAAAUUACAGGCUCUUGGAUGUCAUAUGAGGAGCCAUCGUGAUGAGAUAAAGAAUGAGGAGCAUGAAAUUGCAAAGGCUCUUGCGGAACAGAAACGUGCAAGCAGUUCUUGGAUGAUGAACAAUCAACAUUUAGCAGCUCAAAUCUAUGCAUCCAUCCCAGGAGGAGUGCAGACACAUGUUGAGCUAUUUAGUCCAUCACAAGUCCAGACAUGGGCUCAAGCUGGCUGUUCAUCUUCACUCUCAACAUAUUCAGACCAGAAUGUAGGUGGAGGAAUUUCAGGAGUUGGACCAUCUUUACCCACAUCAUGUUUGAACCAGCAACAACAAGAUCAUAUCAAUUAUCAAAUGAGGGAGAGAUACCCAUCUCACCCUAAUCAUCAAAUGAGGGAGACAUAUCCAUCUCUUCCUUACCAAAUGAACAACAAUCCAGAAAUAGGAGGAGGAGCAUCUCUUGUUAACAAUUCAGGAAUAAGUGGACCUUCUCUUCCCAUGAACAACCAAUUACAAAUAAGGGGACCCUCUUCCCCAAUUUUACAAGGAGGCAAUCCAAAUCUUGUUGUGAGUGGGCAGAAUCAUCAUCUGAGCAACAACAGUUUUUCAGUGUGCAUCCUUCUCAGCAAGCCAUUCAUUACCCCUGGCUUAAUCAACCAUCAUCAUCAACAACAACAUCAUCUGCAGCCCAAACCGUAG